UGGGGCACGAGAGAAAGCUGAUGCCAUGGUGUCCCUAGGGCCAGCUGCCACUUCUCUAGGGGCCUCUGUAGCUCCUGACCUGCUGUCCGCAAAUAACCCUGGGUUGGGAGAGGCAGGCACAAGGCACUUUGGGCUCCAUGGCCCCAGUCCAGGCCCAGGCUUCCAGACCGAACUGUAUCCGAGGCGCCUCCUGCAUGUCCUGCUGCCCUGAGCUAUCCCAAGCUAGGUGACAGCGUGUUAAUGCUGCCACCAUGAAUGAGGUCUCUGUCAUCAAAGAAGGCUGGCUCCACAAGCGUGGUGAAUACAUCAAGACCUGGAGGCCCCGCUACUUCCUUCUGAAGAGUGACGGCUCUUUCAUUGGGUAUAAGGAGAGGCCUGAGGCCCCUGACCAGACCUCCCCCCCUCUGAACAAUUUCUCUGUAGCAGAAUGCCAGCUGAUGAAGACUGAGAGGCCACGACCCAACACCUUUGUCAUACGCUGCCUGCAGUGGACCACAGUCAUCGAGAGGACCUUCCAUGUAGACUCUCCAGAUGAGAGGGAAGAGUGGAUGCGGGCUAUCCAGAUGGUGGCCAACAGCCUGAAGCAGCGGGGCCCAGGAGAGGAUGCCAUGGACUACAAGUGUGGCUCCCCCAGUGACUCUUCCACACCUGAGAUGAUGGAGGUGGCUGUCAACAAGGCCCGGGCCAAAGUGACCAUGAAUGACUUCGAUUAUCUCAAACUCCUUGGUAAGGGCACCUUCGGCAAAGUCAUCUUAGUGCGGGAGAAGGCCACUGGCCGCUAUUAUGCCAUGAAGAUCCUGAGGAAGGAGGUCAUCAUUGCCAAGGAUGAAGUCGCCCACACAGUCACUGAGAGCCGGGUCCUGCAGAACACCAGGCAUCCCUUCCUUACUGCCCUGAAGUAUGCCUUCCAGACCCAUGACCGCCUGUGCUUUGUGAUGGAGUAUGCCAAUGGGGGCGAGCUGUUCUUCCACCUCUCUCGGGAGCGAGUUUUCACGGAGGAUCGGGCCCGAUUUUAUGGUGCAGAGAUCGUAUCAGCUCUUGAGUAUUUGCACUCAAGGGAUGUGGUGUACCGUGACAUCAAGCUGGAAAACCUCAUGCUGGACAAAGAUGGCCAUAUCAAGAUCACUGACUUUGGCUUGUGCAAAGAGGGCAUCAGUGACGGGGCCACCAUGAAAACCUUCUGUGGGACCCCGGAGUACUUGGCACCUGAGGUGCUGGAGGACAAUGACUACGGACGUGCAGUGGACUGGUGGGGGCUGGGCGUGGUCAUGUACGAGAUGAUGUGCGGCCGCCUGCCCUUCUACAACCAGGAUCAUGAGCGCCUCUUCGAGCUCAUCCUCAUGGAGGAGAUCCGCUUCCCACGAACACUUGGGCCAGAGGCCAAGUCCCUGCUGGCUGGACUGCUGAAGAAGGACCCUAAGCAGAGGCUCGGCGGGGGUCCCAGUGACGCGAAGGAGGUCAUGGAGCACAGGUUCUUCCUCAGCAUCAACUGGCAGGAUGUGGUACAGAGAAAGCUCCUGCCACCCUUCAAACCUCAGGUCACUUCUGAAGUGGACACAAGGUACUUUGACGAUGAGUUCACCGCCCAGUCCAUCACAAUCACACCCCCGGACCGCUAUGACAGCCUGGGCUCGCUGGAACUGGACCAGCAGACGCACUUCCCCCAGUUCUCCUACUCGGCCAGCAUCCGAGAGUGAGCAGCCCUCUGCCACCACAGGACACAAGCAUGGCCGCCAUCCACUGCCUGGGUGGCUUUUUAAAGAAAAUUUUAUUUUGCCUUCUGGUUUGUGUUCCCUUCCCUGUCCCCCCCACCCCCAUGUCCAGUUUCUUCUUCAGUUCUUAUCCAGACUUAGCGGUCCUGGCAGCCCUCUCCUGGCCCCCCCUCUGUUCCCAGAUGAGUGCUGGGAACCUGCCCAAGGAUGGGCUGUCGGGAGGAAGGGGAGAGGUUAUAAAUCACCACCAGCCUCCAGAAGGUGAAGUGGGGAGCCGUGGGGUCGCCUGGGCUUGGGAACAAGCCAGCAGAGGCCACAUCUUGAUGAACCCCACCCCCCCCCAGCACCCCAGAUGCCUUCUAUGCUAUCAUCUGGGCAGUCUAUCUGCUGCCCCCUCACCUGGGGCAGGAAGCAAUAAUGUCCAGGGACAGGCAGAGGACUUUGGAAGCUGAGGGAUCAUCUGGGUUUGGCUCCAUAGAAAAUGGAGCCAAGUCCUUGGAUCUUGGUGGGGGAACCAGGACCAGGAGCUACCUCCUGAACCUGCCUCUUCCUCCCAGGCUGCUCUCUUGAUUCUGGAUAGAGCAGGAGGAACAUUUGGGGGCCAGCCCUCCUGUCCACAGCCCCGUGCCUUACCAGGGUUUCCUUGUAGCCAGCCUUGCCUCCUGCUGGGCCCCAGUCCCUUUGGGUGGCUCCAUUUUCUGCCUGGGGCAGAGGGAAGCCAACCUUGGCGGUUACACAUCUCACACCGAGACAGUAUUGGGCCCCUUGGACUUGACUGGGGCCUGGGAGGGGACAGAGAUGGGGACAGGUGUCUCUGGUACACAUUGGGGUGGGGGCCACCUCAUCUCCAGGGCCCCUGUUAUGGAGCCUUAAGGUGAAUGUGUGAGUGAGUCUGUCGGUGCCGUGGGUGCCAGUGUGCACCCUGCUCUAGCAGUGAGCGUCUCAGCACAUGUGUGAGUGUGCUCAGGCCUCAACCCCAGCCUGAGCCUUUGAUCCCAUGGGGUGCAGCAGGUGGAGAGGAUCCACCUGCUGCUCUGGCCGUGUUUCCCCAUCCUCAGUAUCUCUGGGUGUCUGGAAUUGAGUUUUCCUGAUUUUACUCUCCCACCCCACCCCUCAGAGUAGACAGAUCACAAAAAGGCAGUAGGGUGGGGGUAGCAGGGAUGGAUGGGGGUCAUCUGUUUUUUCCUUUUUAUGUGUGUGUGUUUAUCUGACAGUUCUCUCCCAUCCCUACUGGCCUCUCCUUACUCCUCAUAUUUGUACGGUACAAGCAAUAAAGACACUCAUUUCAAACCAG